AUGAAACUCACCACUUUAUUGACACCACCAUGGUGUCGAUGGUCCGACAACCCACCUAAAUUUACACUGGGUCAUAAUAUACUCUAUGCUUUCGCUGGUGGCUUCUUCUCUGCCAACCUGUACUAUAGCCAUCCUAUCCUGGCUGUGAUGGCAAGGGAUUUCAGUACAGAUCAGACUGGAGUUGCCAACAUCCCGACGCUGGCUCAAGCUGGCGAUGCUGCCGGAUUGCUUCUCGUCUUGCCACUAGCCGACUUCUUUCCCCGACGACGUUUCGUGCUGGCAUUGUUGUCCUUCACAAUUGUGUUCUGGCUGGGAUUAUGCAUCACCAACAAUCUGACGAUCUUCCAAGUACUUACGUUCUUCUCGGCUGUCACCACUGGUGUUAUUCAGAUUUUCCUGGUCCUCGUCGCCGAACUUUCACCACCAGAGAAGCGCGCCUUCAACAUCAGCAUCGUCGCAGCUGGUCCAACAUUCGGUAUCCUGCUAGCUCGUAUUCUGGCAGGAAUCGUGGCGAACUACACCUCCUGGAGGAACAUCUAUUGGCUGUCCUUGGCUCUCCAAUGUACCAUGUACGCGUUUUUGUGGCUGCUGAUGCCUGACUACCCUGCCACGAACCUUAUCUCCGCGAGAGACCUUGUCAAGCGAUAUCCGAAACUGCUGUGGUCGAUCGUGAUGCUCUUCCCACAUCACCCAGUGCUCGUGCAAGCCGGCAUACUCAGUCUGCUUACCUUUUUCACAGUUGCUUCGUAUUGGACAACUUUGACGUUCCUGCUUUCCGAAUCUCCUUACCAUUAUUCAACUAUUGCCAUCGGCUUAUUUGGUCUGAUUGGCGCAGUCACUAUGGUCCUGGGUCCUGUCUAUGGCAAGUACAUCAUACAACCUGUCGGUGUGCCUUUGAUUUCCGCAGCUAUUGGGAAGGUAGUCUCGCUCGCCGGCAUUGUCAUUGGCACAUUUGUCGGUACGCAUCACGUCGCUGGACCAGCUAUUCAAGCACUACUGCUUGACGCUGGCUUGAUGAUCCUGCAAGUCAGCAGUCGUAUGGAGAUUCACGACUGCGAGCCCCAAGCGAGGAAUCGUGUCAACACUGCAUUCACGACCUGUCUCUACCUGGGCAUGUUGAUGGGAACAAAGGCCGGCAAUGAGGUCUAUGCAAGACACGGUGGUUGGCUAGCUAGUGGCGGUUUAAGCAUUGGCGUGAUGGCAUUUAGUUUCGUUGUCAUUCUGGCGAAAGGUCCGUAUGAGAAAGGAUGGUUUGGCUGGAGUGGUGGUUGGAGGAAACAGACGACGAACACGGUGAAGGAUGCUGAGUCAGCAGAUCAAAAUAGCAUCGAACAGGAAAAGAAGCAAGAGGCGAGGUCGAGUAUUCAUGAAGAAGCUGGUUAUGGCAUUACAGCCAUUGAGGUGGGUAGUCCAGAGUCGUCUAGAGGAGCUGGGGAGCCAGCAACGAUGUCUGGGAAAGAGGGCGGCCUCAAAUAG